AUGUCAGUACCCUCCACGUCAGCAGGUCGGCCUUGCAAGAUCACACGUACCUACCCUCCCCGGCCUAGUCACAGGCACGGGACACCCCUUCCCGGGCAGUUCGCCAUCCAACCACCGGCACUAGGGCGCAUCCACCAGCUCCUACCAGUUCUCCAGGAUGGGCCACGCAUCCCGCCGUCCUGCACCAACGCAACGCCUCCACCGACUCUGCUGCUCAACUUCAGCCUUCUGAACCACAGUGACGUGAUGGAAGCCAGGCCGACUACAGCUCCAGCAGCCCCCAUACCUACAGUGCGUAAGCGCGCCUUGCGCCUUUUUAGUGUAACCGCCUUUCUGAGGCUGCGCAUGCGCCCACCCCCGCCCCGUCCUGGUCGCUCAGGCGGUGCAGCUGGACUUCACCCCGUAAGCACCUCCUUUCCUGUCCAGCUUUUUGCUCUGGGAAAACCCGCGUGGACUCGCGGCCCGUAG